AUGCCUUCAGGUCAAGGAGGUAUGUAACAGCGCAGGGACAACUCAAACAGGGAGCAUGCUGACGACUGCUCAGCGGGCACCAACCCGAUUCACAAUAAGCAAAAGAAGAAGGCGACAAAGGAGAUGGACGAGGACGAGAUAGCGUACAAGGCGAAGCAGCAGGCUGGUAUGUGUGAGAGCCCCGAACAUUCUUGGGCAUAAUUUGACAAGAAAUCGCGCGACAGACAAGAAGGCCCGUGAGGAGAUGGCCAAGAAGGCCGGAGGCAAGGGCCCUCUAAACAGCGGCGCACAGGGGAUCAAGAAGUCUGGAAAGAAAUAG